UUAUAGGCCUUCGUGAAGCCGACCGUAACCACUAUAUACACUAUCUUUUUGCCAAACCCCCUAUAUCAGCCAUUCUGAAGCUGAUUCCCCUCACUAUGCUCACCUAUUCCCAACUUCCAGAUCAAGCAUCAAAAACGACGUCAAUAACGAGCCGCCAAGUCCUGCACCCCAUGUCUUUUCCUUCGUCCAUGAGGAGCUUACCAUAGCAAUACUACCAAAGCAGCUCUUGCGUGCUUGUUACUAAUUGGUCAAUUCAUGUUAUCGCAGGACUUACUAUAGAUAUAUCGGAACAGAAGAGGGGAAGCUAUGCCUGCCGCCACCUCCAAUGUCGGAUGCAUCCGGCGAUGGUGAUAUCAGAAGGGAGAAUGAUGCAGGAGGUUAUAGUAGUAAUUAUUGGCAUCGUGGGGAAGGUUUAUAUAUAUCUAGACAUCCUAUCUGGUAUAUCUAGAUCCGUUUAGUUUAUGCAGGUAUUUCUAAUGAGAGCCAACUAGCCAUAUUUACACCACCGCGACAAUGAAACUCCGGGUCUUCCCACUUACCUUCCUAACUCUCACCACUGCAUCCACAGCACCCUUCUCCUCCAACCCAAACCUCACGCCCCUCCAACUCCGCAAAGCAUCACCAGCAUCGUCUUUAACAUGCGCAGCAUCAAGCUGGCCACCGAAUACUUCCCUCGGCACCCCUAACGAACCACAACCCCCGUCAUCCGUCCUCAGCUCCAUACUCUCCGAAAUCGACCCCGCGAAUAUCGAAGCUACGAUUCUGAAGCUUGUGUCUUUUGGUACGCGACACACGCUAUCGAUCCAGAACUCGAGUACGCGUGGUAUUGGGGCGGCGAGGGAUUGGAUACGUGAUGAAUUUUCUCGAUAUGCUAGUUCGAAUCUAAGUGAUGGGCGAUUAAGCGUGGAGGUAUUGGGGUAUACACAAGAAGCCGAUGGAGAUCGGGUUUUGAGUCCGACGGUGAUUAGCGAUGUAGUCGCCACGCUGCAGGGCACGGAGGAGGGGAGGUUGUAUGUAGUUUCCGGACACUACGAUUCCCGCGUAUCCGACCCGUUGAAUUAUGAAAGCGAUGCACCGGGAGCCGACGACGAUGCGUCGGGUGUAGCGGUGGUGUUGGAACUUGCGCGCAUACUGGCGCAGACAAAAUAUCCCCGUCCGAAGGCUAGUAUUGCGUUUACGGCGGUUGCGGGUGAGGAGCAGGGGUUGUAUGGUGCGAGGUAUUUGGCGCAGACUUACGGGAAUGCUACGCCGAGGGUUAAUGUCGAAGGUAUGUUCACAAACGACAUCGUAGGUUCCCCCCGCGGCGGCGCAAACGGGGAAUUCAACGACCCGUACGUAAUCCGACUCUUCGCACAGGGUCUUCCUCCCCUCUCCGUCGAAAACAGUACGACCCGCGAAUCACGCCUUACGAUUGGUGGGGAGAACGACACGCCCGCGCGCCAAUUAGCUAGGUUCGUUAAAGAGGUAGCUGAGAACGAAGACACGGGGAUGAAUGUCUCGGUUAUAUACCGCGUAGAUCGGUAUCUUAGGGGUGGUGAUCACCGUCCGUUUCUUGAGGCUGGGUAUCCGGCUGCUAGGUUUACGGAACCGCAUGAGAAUUACGCGCAUCAGCAUCAGGAUGUGCGUGUUGAUCAUGAGGAUGGUGAUAAGCAGUAUGGUGAUUUGCCUGAGUUUGUGGAUUAUGAGUAUGUGGCCAGAGUGGCUAAGGUUAAUGGCGCGGCACUUUGGAGUUUGGCUACGGGGCCCGGUGCGCCGAAGAAUGUGAGGGUAAACACGGCGGCUUUGAGUAGUAAUACCACGCUCUAUUGGGAUCCCCCGACGACCGGGUAUGAUGGUGGGUAUGAGGUUGUAUGGCGUCCGACGAGUGCGCCGUUUUGGACAGGCGUGCUAGAUGUUGGAGCUGUGGUUGAAGUUACGGUGCCGUUGAGUAAGGAUGAUGUGGUGUUUGGGGUUAGAGCGAAAGGGGUUGAUGGUUUGCGUGGUGUUGCUGUGUUGCCAUUUCCUGGGUCUGGACGAGACUGACUAUAGACUCUUGUGGUACUGAUUCAAGGGCUGUGUAGUAAGUCUUAGAUGAAAAUUAGCAAUGAAAUAACCGACACAGCACUAACUAGUUGCUGCGAAAUGCUAUAUUAGCGUUUUACGAGUAGUCUUGAUGUUGACAUUCUAUCUAGGUAAGGGUGGUGACACAUGUUGCGAUUGGAUAGCUUCAACACAUGAAAUUGCGGUCAUGGCGUUUGAAUAUGAUCUAGGUAUACUCUUGAUUUGAAACGUCACUUUUGAAUCCGAGUUACUGCUACUAGACAUACAUUAGUUAGUAAGUACUUGUAAGUUGAUGAAUUUGUUGAAUUUGUUCAAUUUCAUCAGAGCAAUAGACAUGAUAAAACUGUGUAAAUAAAGAAAGUUGUAUUAGAAGUGG